UUUUAGGUAAUAAAAAUAAAAUGAAUUUUAAUUUCUUUUUAAUUUUCUCCAUUUUAUUUCUUUCAAUUUCUCAAUUUUUAAAUAACGGGCCGACUUUGACUUUAGCUAUAAUAGCUCCAUUAGAUCAGCAACUAAGUGUUGGUAUUAGAAUGAAGAGAGAUUUAAUUGAGGGAAAUGAUUUUUUGUUUGGACAAUUUAUAUCUCGAAAGAAGAGACAAUUCCUUGUUGGACAAAAACAUAAAAAACCACAUGAUUGA